AGUGCUACUGAAGUGAAAUUUUGGGUAUCGAUUUUUUUCUAUAAUCAAAUAGUUCUAUCUUUCCUGAUCACUUUGGUAUAAUUUUUAUGCAUAUUGAAGCACGGGAUCAUCAAUAAAUUUUUGCUCAAAGUUGGGUUACGCGUGCGAAUUUUUACUACUGAAAUAUUAUACGGAUGUGACGUAAUUAAAAGGACGGAAGUCGAAGUAUGAGCAUUGAUUUACUAGUAUUUUGUUAGAUUUUUAACACAUAUACACAAUAAAAUAUGAGUUCUUCAAGCAGUGAAAGCGAACGCAGUUCGGAUACUGAAAACUCAGAUAUGGCAAAUGAAAAUUUACUUUCGAAUUCCGGCGAUGAGGAUACAAUUGUGGCUAAUUCAGUGGUAAAUCCUUACGAAAAUGAACCUCUUGCGAACAGAGUCGGAGAGAAUUUAGUGUCGGUCGAAGAAGACGCAGAUGGCUUAGAACCUCGAACAUUGGAAGCGAGGUUCGAAGGAACCGUUCAGUUAGAUAAGUGGUGUGCAUGUAGCUUGUGUCGUACUCAACUGCUGACAGAUGCCAUUGAAUACCGUUGUUGUCAAGAGGUUGGGCCUACUUUACAUAAACUGGUAUUCGAUGGUAGCAUUGAAAAAAUUAGCUGUGUUACUCUUCACGAAGAGUACACGAUUAUGACACAUGCUACAGUCUUGAAGAAUGUUGGCUCACUUCUAAGAGACCAAGAUGGAAGGUCAUACAAGCGUCGUAGAAUACAUGAAAAUGAAAUGCACUGGCCAUACCUAUUAUACAUGGUAGCAUGAACAACUUACAUGUGGGAAACAAUGGUGUUGAAGAUAGUUGUUUCCUAUCCAAAUGCCAUUGGAUUGCCUCAAUUUUGGAAAUUCGAUCCGAGAACGUUUUGUUUAAGGCUUCUGGGACUUUUUCCUUAUACUUCCUAAAUAUGUUGUCCAUGGAUUCCUCACAACUAAGAACCAUGACAUUUUUGAUUUCAUUAACAUAGUCUGGAAAAAUGACAAGUGGUUAGAUGUGUAAGUCAAGAGUACCAAUG